CUCGCGCUGUUUCUAGGCAACCGCCGACUCCGGGUCCUCAGCCGGGCCUGAUGGCCAAGCACCGUCUUUAGUGCCCUGGGAAGUGCCUAUGGGCUGUCCUCGUCUCUCCCAGGUUUCUGAGAGCCUUUGUCCUCGGAACUUCUGACCGUCCUAGCGAGUAAAACCGGUCCUCAGAUGUGUGGAACCGUCCCUCGAUGUGUAGCUCCAUGCCACCAUCUCUACCUUCCUUCUGAGAGAUACUGAAACCUUUGUCAUGGAAAAGUACCACGUAUUGGAGAUGAUUGGAGAAGGCUCUUUCGGGAGAGUGUACAAGGGCCGAAAAAAAUACAGUGCUCAGGUGGUGGCGCUGAAGUUCAUCCCCAAAAUGGGGCGCUUAGAGAAGGAGCUGAGGAAUCUACAACGAGAGAUUGAAAUCAUGCAGGGUCUUCGUCAUCCCAACAUUGUGCAUAUGCUUGACAGCUUUGAAACUGACAAAGAGGUGGUGGUAGUGACAGACUAUGCUGAGGGAGAGCUUUUUCAGAUCCUGGAAGAUGAUGGAAAACUUCCAGAGGACCAGGUUCAGGCCAUUGCUGCCCAGUUAGUGUCAGCCCUAUACUAUUUGCAUUCCCAUCGCAUCCUUCACCGAGACAUGAAGCCUCAGAAUAUUCUCCUUGCCAAGGAUGGUAGCAUCAAGCUCUGUGACUUUGGAUUUGCCCGGGCUAUGAGCACCAAUACAAUGGUGCUGACGUCUAUCAAAGGUACACCACUCUAUAUGUCUCCAGAGCUAGUGGAAGAGCGACCAUACGACCACACAGCAGACCUCUGGUCUGUGGGCUGCAUUCUGUAUGAGCUGGCUGUGGGAACCCCUCCCUUCUAUACCACAAGCAUCUUUCAGCUAGUCAAUCUCAUUCUCAAGGACCCUGUACGCUGGCCUUCUACCAUCAGUCCUUGCUUUAAGAACUUCCUGCAGGGGCUGCUCACCAAGGACCCCCGGCAGCGUCUGUCCUGGCCAGACCUCUUGCACCACCCCUUUAUUGCUGGUCGUGUAACCAUAAUAACGGAACCAGCAGGCUCAGAUUUGAACACCCCAUUCACCAGCCGCCUACCCCCAGAACUUCAGGUCCUAAAGGAUGAACAGGCCCAUCAGCUGGCCCCCAAGGGCAAUCAUUCUCGCAUCUUGCAUCAGGCCUAUAAACGCAUGGCUGAGGAGGCCAAGCAGAAGAAACAACAGAACACAGGACCUGCCCUUGAGCAAGAGGACAAAACCAACAAGAUGACCCCUAGCACAGCCUCUAAGCUGGAGCUAAGGGCCACUUCUGAAAAAUCAAGCCUCUUGGCUGGGAUCUCGGCCUCAGAAAUGAAGAGCAGUUGUGCUGAGAGGCGAGCUGGAGAGGCACCCCCUGCACCUUGGGGAAAAGAUCAUCUACAUCCAAAAGGCAGAAUUGAGCUAAAAGCUACAGAUGAAGACUGUACACUAGAUUUGAGAAGAAGAUCCAGUGAGAGAGAAUCCUUAAUGAUGGAAAAGCGCAUUACCCUGGAUUGUGAGCAAGCAUGCCUGGAGCUGGGGCCAGAGGUGGCAAGCCAGCAGAGCACAGACACAGGGGACCUAGAAGAUGGUGAAGAGGAGCUGGACAGUGACAGUGAAUGGCAGCGCCUCCUAGAGGCCAUGGAGCCUGUUCCUGUUCAGCUAAAGGCUCCUCUCACCUUGCUGUGCAAUCCUGACUUCUGCCAGCGCAUCCAGAGUCAGUUUCGUGAGACCGGAGAGCAGCUCCUGAAAGGUAUCCUGGAGGGUGCUACCCACAUCCUCCCUGCACUCCGGGUCCUGAGCAGUCUUCUGUCCAGCUGUGGUGACUCUGUUCCUGUAUACUCCUUCUGCCGGGAGGCAGGGCUGCCGGGGCUGCCGCUCAGCUUACUCAGGCACAGCCAGGGGAGUAGCACUAUCCAGCAGCAAUCUUGGUGUGGGACCUUUCUGAGGGACCUGGUGGCUGUGAUUCAGGCCUACUUUGCCUGCACCUUCAACCUGGAGAGGAGCCAAACAGGUGACAGCCUACAGGUGUUUCAGGAGGCUGCUGACCUCUUUCUGGACCUGUUGGGAAAAUUGCUGGUGCAACGAGACGACUCUGAGCAUACACUGCAGAGGGACAGCCUUAUGUGCUUUGUUGUUCUUUGUGAAGCCAUGGAUGGAAACAGCCAGGCCAUCUCCAAAGCCUUUUACUCCAACCUGUUGACCACACAGCGUGCAGUGUUGGAUGGGCUCCUUUGUGGCCUGUCAGCUCCAUGGUUCCCCUUCCACACACCUCCAGGAGUCCCACACACUAACCAGCUGCUGCAGGAGCAGAAUGAGGAUCUGCCUGGAGCCGUUUCCUGUGCCUUGGCAGCCAUAUGCACUGCUCCUGUGGGACUGCCCAGCUGCUGGGGUGCCAAGGAGCAGGUCUCUCGUCAUCUGGCAAAUGAGCUGACUGAAGACUGCAGCCAGCUCAGGCUGUCCCUCAUCUCGGGCCUGCGACAUCCGCUCUUAUGUCUACACCUUCUUAAGGUUCUUUACUCUUGCUGCCGUGUCAGCGAGCACCUAUGCCGUCUUCUAGGGCAAGAGCCCUUGGCUUUGGAGUCAUUGUUAAUGCUGGUCCAGGGCAAGGUGAAAGUGGUGGAUUGGGAAGAGUCCACUGAAGUGGCACUCUACCUCCUCUCUCUCCUUGUCUUUUGGCUUCAAGAUCUACCUUCCAGAAUGGAAAAGCUAGGCGGUGAGGUUGCUACGCUCUUUACUCACUCACACAUCGUCUCUCUUGUGAGUGCUGCAGCCUGUCUGUUGGGACAGCUUGGUCAGCAAGGGGUGGCCUUUGACCUCCAGCCCAGGGAGUGGAUCGCUGCAGCCACACAUGCCCUAUCUGCCCCCGCAGAGGUCCGGCUGACUCCUCCAGGUAGCUGUGGAUUCUAUGAUGGCCUCUUCAUCCUUCUGCUGCACCUCCUCACUCAGCCAGGGAAGGCGGGCCUGAUCAGGGAUGUGGCUAGCUCAGAAAUGUGGACCAUCUUGUGGCGCCGCUUCUCCAUGGCCUUGAAGCCACCUGACAAGGUGUCUGCACAGGAAGAGGACCUGUCACUGGCCAGUCCACCCAGCCCAAAACCAGACUGGACACUGAUCUCACCCCAAGGCAUGGCAACCCUGCUGAGCCUGGCCAUGGCCACCUUCACCCAAGAGCCCCAGUUAUGCCUGAGCCACCUGUCCCAGCAUGGAAGUAUCCUCAUGUCCACCUUGAAGUACCUGCUUUCCUCCAGGUUCCUGUAUCACCUGAGCCAGGCGCCUCAUGGAUCUGAGUUUCUCCCGGUCGUGGCACUCUCUGUCUGUCAGCUUUUCUGCUUCCCCUUCUCCCUGGAUGUGGAUGCCGACCGCCUUGUAGGAAUCUUGGCUGACCUCAGAGAUGCGGAAGUUGCAGCCCUCCUGCUGCAGGUCUGCUGCCAUCAUCUUCCGCUGUCACAAGUUGAGCUGCCCAUAAGCCUCCUCACACGCCUGGCCCUUAUGGAUCCCAUCUCUCUCAACCAGUUUGUGAGCACAGUGGCUGCCUCCCCUAAAACCAUCAUAUCAUUCCUCUCAGUUGCCCUCCUGAGUGACCAACCACUGCUGACCUCUGACCUCCUUGCCCUGCUGGCCCACACAGCCCGAGUCCUGUCUCCCAGCCACUUGUUCUUCAUCCAAGAACUCUUGGCUGGCUCUGAUGAAUCCUAUAGACCUCUGCGCAUCCUCCUAGGCCACUCAGAGAACUCUGUGCGGGCCCGUACUUAUGGGCUCCUGGGACACUUGCUCCAACACAGCAUGGCCCUUCGUGGGGCACUGCAGAGCCAGACUGGAUUGCUGAAACUUCUGCUUCUAGGCCUUGGAGACAAGGACCCUGCUGUACGGCACAGUGCUAGCUUUGCUGUGGGCAAUGCAGCCUACCAAGCAGGUCCCCUGGGUCCUGCCCUGGCAGCGGCAGUGCCCAAUAUGACCCAGCUCCUUGGAGAUGCUCAGGCUGGUAUUCGGCGAAAUGCUGCAUCAGCUCUGGGCAACUUGGGGCUUGAGGGGUUGGAGGAGGAGCUGCUCCAGUGCCAAGUACCCCAGAGGCUCCUUGAGAUGGCAUGUGGAGACCCUCAGCCAAAUGUCAAGGAAGCUGCCCUCAUUGCCCUCCGGAGCCUCCAGAAGGAGCCCUGCAUCCAUCAGGUGCUGGUGUCUCUGGGUGCCAGUGAGAAAUUGGCCUUGCUUGCUGUGGGGAAUCAGUUACUGACACAGAGCAGUUCCAAGCCUGCCUCUGCCAGACACUGCAGGAAGCUCAUCCGUCUGCUAAAACCAGCUCACAGCACAUGAUCCCAGGUUCCUGGGGUCCAGCUUCCAGCCUUCAUUGCCUGCUAUUGCCAAGUCUUUAUUAUGUGCCUCCUCAAGCCACCAGCUCACCUGAGGGUGAGAGAGACUGAAAAAUAGUGACAAGCUGGGAAUGAGAAACUAGAAGAGAUUAUAUAUAAAGCUCCUUCCUUUUCCAAGAUUCAGGAUCAUUACAAUCAGUAAAUUUUAUUACUGUUGGUGCCAGAGAAGAUUCCUUUCUUCUCUAUGUACAGGGGUCUUUUUUCUAGUAAUGUGCCUUUAACCCCAAGAACAUGCCCCAGGACCUGAGGGAAACAUUGCCACCUCACAGAUCUCUCCCUUUUUGGAGCUGCUACAAUCCUCUGGCAAUUUUUGCUUUAGGUGCAUUGGCUUCUCUCUCAGCUGAAGGCUCUGAGGAUAAAUGUCAUCAGCCCCUAUUGUUGAGGGGAUCCCUUAGCCCACAUUUCUUUCAGGGGCAGGGAUAUAUCUUUUUUUUUUUUGU